AUUUGAUGAUUUGAUUCUCUUGGUUCCAGACAUGAUUCGAACAGUGUGUCUUUUGCUGAUGGCGCUCGGUUGUUAUGCCGAAAAGCUAUGUGUUUGCCCUGAUAGAGUCAGUCUAAUCACGAGUAUCUAUAUCCCCGGCCGCUCAUCGAAAGAGUGCCAGACGAGUUCUGAUUGCAACCCCAUAAUCUCGUCUUCCAUUAAGCCAGCUGGACCAUAUGGUUGCUGUCCAGUGAAAUCUCGUGAAGGGAAAGAGGUCAAGUACUGCAUGCAGCUUAGCAAUACUGUUGUCCCUGGGACCUGUCCUCUAAAGGAUGUAACCGAUAUUGCAAGUUGUAAACGGGUGUGCAGCAAUGAUUGUGAGUGUAACGGAGAGGGCGUCAACCUAAUACCCCCAGAGGGCACACAGUAUAAAUGCUGCAAGUCUCGAGUAUGUGGUCGUAAGAUCUGCCGUGAAAAUAUGGGAUAGAUCAACUUGAUAAGGAAAUAUUGAAUCUAUAUUAUUGUGACAAG